AUGGACGGUCCAGCGGGGGGCACUGCCCCCGACGACGUGGUGGACCCAUUCAAACGAAGCGCCGGAAUGUCCAGGUCCCCUUCCAAAGGAGUGGGAAUCACGGAGAUAACGGAGCGAGCUGUAAUACCAGUUCCAGGUGUGAUCUCGGAGCUGGCAGCUCUAAAUGCCAGAGCUAUACAGCUGCAGGAGGCCAAAGCCAAGGAGGCCCCCGCAAAGAGUACGACAACUCAGACGGAAGCGCAACCCAAACCUGCGAGCGCCCCGGCAGUCAGUAAAAGGAGCGCCCCGACGAAGCCUCCCCAGAAGAAGCUACUGGUUAGCAAAGACGCGAUUUUGCAGACGCAUAAGGUGAACGAGCCUGUUCCGCCCAGCUUUGCGUCCGUUGCCAAAGAGGGUAACAAAAAUUCGGAGUGGACCAAGGUGGCACCUAAGCGACUACUAAAAAAACCGGAGGCCAUCAUAAUCAAGAAGACUGGAGAGGCCUCGUACACGGACAUGCUCCGUAAACUUAAAGCAGACCCGUGCCUGUCAGAACUGGGCAGCCACGUUAAAAAAGUCAGGAGGACCCAACAAGGAGAGCUGUUGCUCGAAGUGGAGGGGAAAGCUGCUGCAAGCAUGCCCGAAUACAGCGGAGCUAUCGAAGAAUCCCUUCGGGAAAUGGCUGCGGUUUGCACGGGCGCGCGGAGAAUGGCGUUAACCUGCAGUGGCAUGGAUGAGGCGACGACUGCAAUGGAGCUUUAUAGCUGUAUGGCCUCCCAAUUCGAAGGGAUCCUGCUGAAUCCAGAAGAUGUGCGUGGGUUGCGCAAAAUGAGAGAUGGGACCGAAGUGGCGACGGUUACGCUCAGCGUUAACGACGCAAUUGGCGUCCUGAAUAAGGGGUCAGUAAAUGUGGGCUGGUCUCGCUGUCCCAUCAUCCAGGGCACACGCCCCAUAAGAUGCUAUAAGUGCCUGGGCUACGGCCACAGGGCACUCAACUGCAAGGAGCCUGAUCGCUCGGACUGCUGUCUCCGGUGCGGCGAACAAGGUCACAAAGCGAAAGGCUGUGUCAACCCGCCGAAUUGCCUGAUCUGCAACAGCGACACAGACAGGAAUCACCCGACAGCUGCACAGAGCCUUCUGUCCCAAACAGCGAUAGAGCGCAAUGCUGACGUCAUGCUACUAAGUGAACCGUACGUCCCUGGUGUGGAAAAUGCAGAAGCUCUUUUCGACUCUACUCGUAAGGCGGCAGUCAUAUGCUGCAGAAACCUCUACAUAGAGGACCAGGAAAGUGUGCCAAUGCGCGGCAUUGCAUACGCUAAAGUGAAGGGUGUCCACUUAUACAGCUGCUAUGCCCCGCCAAGUGACAGCCCGGACCUGUUCGAGGACUUUUUAGACAACCUGAUACACAACGCUAGAGGGCGCAAGCCGGCAGUCAUUGCAGGUGACUUCAACGCCUGGGCAAUAGAAUGGGGAAGCCGGACAUCUAACCCCCGAGGUAGGGCCGUUAUCGAUGCCAUGAACCAGCUGGAUCUGGUGCUGCUGAACGAUGGUGGCAAGCCCACGUUUAACAACGACAGAGGUACAUCAUUCAUCGACGUCACUUUUGUUAACCGAAGUCUAGCCUCCACUGCAAAUUGGAUGGUUCAGAAAGACGUAACUCUGAGCGAUCAUGCCCUAAUCACAUUCAGCGCCCGCUCGGCGUGCAUCACACAACGACAUGCAAGGAGCACCCUUGGGCAAGCAUGGGACAUCAGAAAGCUGGACAAGGACAUGCUGGCCUUUAGCAUCGAGCAAAUGGAGCAAACAACUGGGCAUGCGGAAUCCAUGGUGGCGUCGCUCAUGAAGAUGCUGGAAGCUGCAUGCGAUGCAGCGAAGGCAAGAGUCUUGCCAGUGCUGCUGCUGUCAUCGCUGCCUUCCUGCUGGCGUAUCUCGCAUGCUCCUUGA